AUGACCUCCGUGACCCUCCGCCCCGCAACGCGCGCCGACGUCCCUGCCCUCGCCUCCGUCGCCGACGCCGCAUUCCGGACGGACGCACACACGCAGCUCAAAGCCGCCCUCCGUGGCGUGGGUAACUUCGCCGAGGGCAUGGAGCAGGCGUUGCUGGCGUGGGUGGACCACCCGAAAGUCGACGUCGUCGUCGCCGAGGACCCAGCGAGCGGACAGCCCGUGGGAUGGGCCGGUUGGGUCCGGAGGGGUUUCGCGGGGGACAUCGAUCUGCCCCUGGACGAUGGCGACGACAACCUGUCGGCGGAGCCGACUGUCGCGACUCAUCUCACCGGGGAAAAGAAGGGGAAGCGGACGGUGAAGGACCUAGAGGACCUGACGAACGCGUCGAUGGGCUACUGGGUCCGGAGGUUCAUGCCCGAGGGCUCGAGAUGCAGGUUCUUGUGCAGCUGUGUCGUGCACCCGGCGUUCCAGGCGCGGGGCUUCGGGUCACAGCUGAUGCGGUGGGGGACAGACAAGGCGGACGCGGAGCCCGGGGUGUAUUGCUGGGUGCAGUCGUCGAUGGGCGGCAGGGCGUCGUUCGAGAGACAGGGGUUCCGGGAGGUGGGCAGGCUGGAGGCAAACUUGGAUGACUUCGCCGAAGGGACAACGCCGGGCGACGGGAACGGACACAUCACGGGGAGCAAAGACUCUUGGGGGAACUAUGUUUGGGUGUAUAUGAGAAGAGACGCGAGGGCGUGA